AUUUACAAAUGUAAUUUUCAUUUUUAAUUUGCCUAUUUUUGUAAAAUCCUAAACAGAGUGCCGUGGAAAAAAAAUUUUGCAAAAUGGGUAAAUUAAGAAGCGGGCCACCUGUUUCUCUGUUAAAAUGCAGUAAUGGUGCCGACAACAACAAAAUGAACUUCUAUUCAUCAACUUAUUCUUCAUGUUAUGGAAAAGAAGGCUUUGUUGCCCGAUCAGUAAAACCUAGGGGGACAGGAUAUUUAGCAAGCUUCAGGCCAGCUAUAAAUUAUUCGACCGGAAUCGACAAAUUAGAUAAUGUUCCUGUUGGAAAAAUACUUGAAGAUAACUACAGUACAUCAUAUUACAAGCAACAUCAACCGUACUACUGCGGAUCAAACGGGACGGACAAGUUACCGCUGCGAAUUACACGAAACGAAUCGGGAUUUACACAGAAAAUUCCUAUUACAACAGCUGACACGAAAGUGGUUCAACAAUCUAGGGUUGAAACCAUAGAUAAAUACAAAUAUCGACCUCUAUUGCACAGACUUCAAAAUAAACAAGUAGGGCAUUUAGACGACGGUUCACUUCAUCUUGCAACAGAAACAAAUCUUUGUUAUAAAGGCGAACCGAGUAAAAGAAUGUCAACGCAUUUAAAGGAUAUAGGGGUGAAAGAGCCCUCUGGCUUUACACAUUACCAUCACUUUGACCCAGUCCAAUACCUGCCUAGGGCGCCCUUUAAUGGCGAACGGCCGUGUAUUAACAGGCCCACAGGGUUUAGUCAGAAUCAAAGAUACUACAAAAACUGGCCCAACAUGUCUGGUUGUGAAAUGAAUCAUGGAAUUUGUAAACGCGCCCAGCGAGAUAACGGUUAUAGCUAUGAGACUGCUCGACCGCGAUUCGUGAAUCGUGUACCCGAGGAUUCCUUCACUAAGUUGCAUCAAGUACCUUACCCUGUUAUUGGGAGGAUAAAGAAGAAAGAUCCGUGCGAGUUUGUGAAUAUGAGUCUUGGAUCCGACCAUUCCACCCUUGCUAAGACCUGGUUUCGAGGAGAACAACCACCGCGCGGUGGCGGUCGAGAGCUUGGGCCGGUGGGGAGAAAGGAAUUCUCCGGUUACUCGGCGAAUAACGAUCGAUAUGUGGGCGUAGAUGACGACAGAAGUAGAUUUACCACACAUUACAAUGUAAAGUAUGGAGAAUCUCUUCAUGAAAGAAACUACAAAGGCUGGGCCCACACUACCGAUCUUGGAAAACCGAAAAACGGAUUCACGAAAAGUACAACUGUUCAUAUUUACGGGGAUGGAAAACGGUUCAAGGAGUCGGACUUCGAGUCUUACCACCCGCUUGUUUCCAAAGUUAUUAAAAUGGAGAACCCUGGAUACGUUGACAACACAAGGAACAUGAAACGAAGAGAAAUGUCAGUUCAAUAGCAGCUGCUCGCAUUGUGCGACAAUUUGCUUUAAUAAAGCAGCUGUUGAAAUAAGGUCACGCGGGACGCACGCGCUUUAAGUGCAAGAGAUACAAAUAAUCGCGUAACAUUAUUAUCAGUUUCAAUUAGUUCUCUCUCUCUCUUUAGACUUUCACAGGCAGCCAAAUAACAAGUCUUCCAUAAUAACUCAUAUUUACAGCUUAUGUAAUCACAAAACAUAGUUAUUCACAAAAAUUAGUUACCACAGUGCUGAAAUGGUAUGGUUUAUUUUGGCUGGGAACAACCGAAUUUAAUUUACAGUGAACUAAAUUAAACUGAACAAGCAGCAAAGGAAAACAGCAAUAUUGAUUGCAAACGCACUCGUUACAACAGCGACAAUCAAGUGGAGUUGAUAACGAGUAACGUUUUGGUGUUCCCGGCCGGAAUCAACGCCACGUUAUCGUUUUGGUGUGAACAACUAAAUGUAUCAGAUGAAAACUAAAUAUUAA